AUGCACAACGACAAGGGAGCUGCAGCGAUGAAGGCUUACCGGUCUCAUCAAACGUCCGCAACAACACCAAGCUUCAUCGGUACUGGUAUCGGAAGUAUCUCCCGUCGAGUCCAUAUCGCAAGGCAGCCGUUAAUCUCUCCUCGCCCCGUGCACCGCCACGCCCAACGAUCUUUUCUCACCAUGUCACAGAAGAUGCUUCACGCCGUCUACCGCGUCGGAGACUUGGAGGCGACAUCCAAGUUUCUCGAGGCCCUUGGCAUGAAAAGGCUUCGCUAUCGCGACGUGCCUUCUGAGAAAUACUCAAACGCUUUCUUUGGCUAUGGACCGGAGCAGAAGGGCGAGUAUUUCAGUCUGGAAUUGACCUACAACUACGGUGUUGACUCAUAUGAUAUCGGCACAGGCUUCGGGCACUUUGGUGUUGCCGUCGAGGACGCCAGUGCUGUUGUCGAGAGAGUACGUGAGGCAGGCUUCAAGGUAUGCAGGGAGGUGGGACCGGUCAAAGGUGGCUCGACCGUGAUCGCAUUCGUGCAAGAUCCAACGGGGUACAAAUUUGAAGUCAUCCAGAGGAAGCAGAGAGAUCCCAUGUGCCAAGUGAUGCUUCGAGUGCGUGACUUAGACGCAACGAUCAAGUUUUACGAGGCGAUGGGUAUGCGCCUUUUGCGAAAGAGAGAAAAUGAACAAUACAACUACACCCUGGCUUUCAUGGGCUUUGCUGAGGAGAGUGACUCAACAGUCCUUGAACUUACUUACAACCACGGUGAAAAUGAAUACACAAGCGGCGAUGGAUACGCGCAGAUUGCGGUGAGCACGCCAGAUGUUUACGAGGCAGCUAAAAGAUUUGAAGAAAACGGCAUCGAGGUGGCCAGGAAACCGGGUCCAGUUCCCGGUAUUGGCACUAAAAUCACAGCUGUGCGCGACCCAGAUGGAUGGAAAACUGUACUUGUAGAUGAGCAGGAUUUUGAGAAAGAGUUCGACGAGUAGGAACAGCCCAUUGACCGGCAACAGAGAGACUAAAAAUUAGUAGAAAGAAUGAUCUUGAAGGAGACGCGAUCAGCGUACUGCCAGCAUACUGCGCGCAUGGCAGGUCGUCGAUAUCUGGCAUACCCAGAUGAUAAAUGUAUAAGAGGACGACAAGGCGAUGUCGCCAUAUCUUGUUGAUAACUUCAAGGUGAAGUAAUAAAGCGAGCUUCUCGUGAGGGAAGCUGAGUUACGA